AUGGGAAUGUUCUUAUCUGACAAGCGCGACGGCCAUGCCAAGAAUGGCCUUUCUUUCGUAGGCCUUUCGCAUCCGAUCCGUCCAAUGAGUUUUCCAUGUGUUCUUGGCAUGAACGAAGUUGGAUGGGAAGAUGGAGCGUACCACAGCAAUGGUAUGACUCCAAAACUUGUAGGACGCACCAGUAAUGGUGGAUCGAAGACGAACAACAGUGGCUUCGAAAUCGAUGUAGGUGGCAAAUCGAACGGUGAAGUGGCAAGUUACCUUUUCCAGCGUCAAGGAGUCGCAACAAGCUUUUCUAAAACAGUUUCAGAAAACGACAAAGGCAAUUUUUCUGGCCAGCGAUGGUCAUCUGUUGGUGAAGGAAUGUCAGAGCAGUCAAAUUCCAAGGAUGGGGAACUGGAUGACAAGUUCCAGAGUUUGUCUUUGAACAACAAUGAAAAGAAAGCUGACACACCAAUAGAGGAGAUUGCCUCUACUGCAAAAAAACUUUGGGAUGUUCAAGACUCUGGUGAGGAGAAUCAAGGGGGGAUGACAUCUGGCAUUUUUUUCGGUGAACAGUGGAGGGAGACAGCCUGGGGGCCAUCAGUACCUCAUAUGGCACAAUCAGAGCAUGCUGUGUCUCAGCCAAUUAUGGUGCAACGUCCAGCCAAAGGAGGAAAUUUCAACAACCCUUCAGAAUCACAGAGUGUUUUGUCACCCAGAUCAGCUGAUGGAGUUGGGCUUAGCAUGGUUGAAUAUGUUCUGGCAUCAUCACCUGGUGGUCAAGAGUUAGAUGCUCAAAUAAUUAAAGCUGGAUUUGGAACAUCUCCAUCGUCUGAUGUUUUGUCUGAUAAAGGAACUAAAUCAAAUGGAGAGAGCAAAGGAAGCAAGGGCGGAUCUCCCUUUGAGGAAGGUGCUGGAGAUGAAGUUAAGCAUGCCCUUCAGGAGGAGCAAGGUCAUGAUUCCCCAACACCUACCGCAAAGCAGAGCACAGAGGAUGACAAGACAUCUGCCUCCUUUAGCCGAACUCCUGGCAGUAGACAACCAUCUCCUACUUCAGGCCCUCAACAUCAAGAUGCUCAGCAGACCACCCAAACACAGCUGCCCACACAGCAACCAGUGGGUCAGAACAAAGCCAAACCCUUCAAACAGUCUGAUGUUAUGGAAGAUAUUGUCACGCCUGUGGCAUUAAUAGAUCCUCUGGAAAGUGUACCACUGGAGCAACUUUCAUUUGCACCCCAGAGAGAGCCUGUGGUGGGUACUCCUACAAGUCCAUCAGAUUUUGUUAUGGUCUCUGGAGCAUCUUUACAAAGCCAUAAUGCUCCCUCUCAGCAUGGUCAGUCACUUCACUUGACACAACAUCAGUUGGCAUUAGCAAUGGCUGCUCAACAACAGCAACAACAGCAACAGCAACAACAACAGCAACAACUUGGAUUGCAGUCUGGCUUGCAAUCCACUGGUAUUGGCCAUCCAAACCCAUACUUCAUCACAGCACCACCAUCCCAAGAUCCAUAUGGUAAUCCUUCACUUGCUGCAGUCAGUGGCGGUGCCCAUCAGGUGGUCCAUCCUCAAUAUGCAGCUUAUAGUGUUCAACCAUGGGGUGUGUAUUCUGCAGCUGGAGCAUCAGGUACAGGAGGAUACCUUCAACAGCAACAACAGCAACAACAACAACAGCAUGCUCAGCUGCUCCGCUCUAACUCGGGUGGGAUGACUGGACGGCCUAUGCAGGGACAGGUGGAGAUUAUUGGGACUCCGCCAUCACACCAGCAACAGGCAAUGGCUGCUGCAUCUUCUGGAACUAACUACCAGCUAGUAGCUCCAGCUGGGGCAGCCCCUUUGGGACUAGGAACUACUGCUUACUAUGAUCAGUCAGGGAACUUGGUGCUAGGGAAUACACAAAAUGUUAACAAUAUGGCAACAGCACAAAUGGCAGCUAGUCAGAUGGGAGCCCUCAGAAUGGUAUCACCAGUAGUGGUAAAUGCCCAGAAUGCAGGUGCCAAUUCUGUCACUGGAGGACGACUGGGAAAUGCCAGCUCAAUGGGUGGUGCAUCAACAUUAGGGCUGUUUGGACAACAGCAGCAACAGCCACAAUUGAAUAGCAGUGCUCUGGGUAUGCUGGGAGGUGUUGUGGGAGGUUCGUCUGGAGUUGGGGCUGUUGGUACCAUUCCAGGUGGAGGAACUAGAAGAGAUUCUAUGAAUGCUACUGAAUAUGGCAAACGAGCAGGAAUCACCCAGUACUAUACAACCCCGGGUGCUGUAAGCAGCCUUGCAAGUUUGUCAAUCUCAGCACAACCAUCUUACAAUACUCCCCAGGAGCUGCCAACACCUCCUCUUCUUUCACAGGGACAGUCAGGGUUUGGUGGUCAGUCAGCAUAUGGCGGACAGUCAGGCUUCACUGUAGGAAGCCCCUUAUCCAAUGGACUCUCUCGUUACAUGCAACUUGCAGCUGCUCCCAGAGAUACUCCUACAAAAUAUCAGGGAUCACUUGGUGGACUAGGUGGAAUGCAAUAUGGCAGCUCAGCUUUAGGUGUUGGUAGCUUUAGAGGAUCAAGAGGUAAAGAAACAGGGAGAAGUAGGCUUUUAGAAGACUUCCGUAAUAAUCGCUAUCCCAACAUCCAGCUGCGUGACUUGGCAAAUCACAUUGUGGAAUUCUCACAGGACCAACAUGGUUCAAGAUUUAUCCAGCAAAAAUUAGAACGUGCUUCUCCUACUGAAAAGCAGAUGGUUUUUCAUGAAAUCCUCCCAGCUGCUUACAGCUUGAUGACUGAUGUGUUUGGAAACUAUGUUAUACAGAAGUUCUUUGAGUUUGGGAGUCCUGAACAGAAGCAUCACCUUGCCAACUGCAUUCGGGGACAUGUGCUGCCUCUUGCCUUACAAAUGUAUGGAUGUCGCGUCAUACAGAAAGCAUUGGAGUGUAUUUCUCCAGAUGUUCAGAAUGAUCUGGUCAGAGAACUGGAUGGACAUGUGCUGAAGUGUGUCAAGGAUCAAAAUGGGAACCAUGUAGUACAGAAGUGUAUUGAGUGUGUUGACCCAUCUUCUCUUCAGUUCAUUAUUGGAGCUUUCCAGGCACAGGUGUAUGCCUUGUCAACUCAUCCUUAUGGAUGUCGUGUGAUCCAACGUAUCCUUGAGCACUGCAUGCCAGAGCAGACAUCACCAAUACUGAAUGAGUUACAUCAGCAUACAGAGAGACUGGUUCAAGAUCAAUAUGGUAACUAUGUGAUCCAGCAUGUCUUGGAACAUGGCACACCUGAGGACAAGAGCAAGAUUGUGCAUGAACUCAGAGGCAACAUACUGAAUUUUAGCCAGCACAAAUUUGCCAGCAAUGUGGUUGAGAAGUGUGUUACUCAUGCUUCACGUACAGAAAGAGCUAUGCUCAUUGACGAAGUUUGCAGCAGCAGUGAUAAUGCCUUGUACACUAUGAUGAAGGAUCAGUUUGCAAACUAUGUUAUUCAGAAGAUGAUUGAUGUGGCAGAACCACCUCAACGCAAGCUGCUGAUGCACAGGAUUCGGCCCCAUGUGGCAACAUUGCGCAAGUACACUUAUGGAAAACACAUUUUAGCCAAGUUAGAGAAGUACUACAUGACAAUGAAACCAACACCAGAUUUCCUCCCUUUGACAAAUGGUCCUUUGCUUUAGAAACAUACUUGGUUGAAGGCACCCAUUUUCUGUUUGUUUGUUUGUUUGUUUGUUUUUUUUUUGCUUAAAUUUUUUGGAGAUGUUUUUAGAUUUGACAUCAUGAAUAUAGAUCUAUUGAUACUGAUCAAAACCUUGAUUUGGUGAAAUAUUUUCAUUCUUAUGAAGCUGUAAAUUUCCUUGUAAAACUGUAAAGAAAAUCCUUUCUUAUAGGUGUUGAUCUUAUAUUUUACUCAAUUUAAAAUCUUUUGUCUCCAAAUCAGUUCUCAUUAUUGACGUUCUCGGUUCAAUUAUUGAAUUUUAUGCAUUGAAAAGCUUCAUCUGUGUGUCAACUGUAUCAAUGAAUGCAGUUAAUUUUUUUUACCUGUAACUGUAUAGGUAAAACGUAGUUGUUGCGUCUUUUUGAUCAAGGGCAGAUUGAUGGUUGAAUUUUAUCAUUUCAAUGAACUUUUAGUUUUCUUAAAUGGAAUAGCUAUCAUUGAUGACAGUUACAUGUUAAAUGUAUACAUUUGCUUAAGUAAUAGUUAAUAAAAAUGCUAGGUCCGAUAAUUGUAGUAUUUCCUUCCGCGUGGGAGGUAGAUUCUUUUUGGUAGAUAGAUAGCACAUGCAUGUUAUGUUAAUAAACAAAGCUUAUUAAUUAGGAAAAAUUACAGGCAGUCAAAGCCAGAGUCAGCAAUCCUGUUAUUUUAAGUGGGUUUCUAAGAGCUGUGAGUGUCCAUCCCUGCAGUAUAGACGUGUUACUAUGAAUCAAAGCCUGCAAAGAUUAUUUUAAAUUUUGUUAGGUAAAUGUACAAUUUACCAUUUUUGGCAUCUGUUUUGACAUUUAGAAACGGUUAAUCUUUUACAAGAUAAAUUGUUUCCCAUACUAGUUAGCAAAGGAAGUACAUGCCUGUCAAUGAUUUUUCUGUAGUUUUCAGGUUGUUUGCAAAAGAUAAGAGUGAAAAUUAUGUAAAGUAUUUAUUUGACGGGAAACCCAAGCCCAUGUAUGUAAUGUUAACAGGAAAUUGCUUGUACUUUAGGUUAAUGACUGUUUGUUGGUAGAGGUUUCAAUACCUUCACUGAAAUUUCAUGAGGCGUAUUCGUUUAUUGUUUCUUAAGUUGGAAUUCCAAUAGUUUCAACUAGAAGGUUGUUCCUUCAUACUUAAGAACUUUUUGACAGUUGUACAUGUUUCACUUACUGAAGCAAAAAUGCUGUGACCAUAUUUGGGAAAGGGAAGGUGUAGCCGUCUUAGAGCGUUUUCACUCGCGUGGUGAGCAGCCUUGUGAAUUAAUUGGAAGAGAAGAAAGUAUUUACAUAAAAAGAGAGUUCAGAUUAUACAAGACUGACUUAGUGUACCAAUAACAGCCACGUGGGGUCGGCCGGAAGCGAUCUAUAGGUCAGGGCUAUGCUCUUCCCUUGCUUUUAGAAAAUAAUUUUUUCGAAUUCUCCCCACUAUUGUAUUGUCUAAGGUGAAUAGGCGAGGUAAUUAGCCACGUGUUGUAACAUUCAAGUUUCUAUGUUUUGUAAGUAUGUAUGUGGAUUUAAUUCAGGUGGCAAACUUCUAUAUAUUUGAUUCAAAGAAUUGUAACAAAAUGUAAACUGUAACAUUGCAAUGUUUUUAAGGCCCUUGUAAGGAAAUUCCUGUACAUUCUGUACAUUUGUAAAUGGCCACUGGCGAGAGCUGCAUUGAAUUGUAACCAGCACACUGUAUAGAUAACGUAAACAUACUUGUAGCGGCUAUCGCAAGUGCAAGUGUUCAAGUGUUUUCAUAAACGUUUCGGGGUCCAUGGUUUGGAUGUUCAAAGGUUGAUUAUCAGAUACUUGUACUUGGGAUGUAUGUCGCUGGACAGAGCAGUUUUGCUUCGGUAAAUAUUUCGUACCACUGUUUAUAUGUAUUCAGAGAUAUUAAACACUAUCAAAACAACAAAGACAAAUAUAUUGUAAGGAUAAUUUAUCAUUUUGAUCAAGAGCGCUUAAAACUUUUUGCCGUUUUAGGUUUUAGGGUAAUUUUAAUCAGACUCGGUUUUCCUUUUUUUUUUUUUUUUUGGAGUCUCACGGUGUAAUGAAGCAGAAAGGGUUAGUGUUUUUGUAUGUUUUCUGUGUAAAACUGAACAAGUCCCGCCUUGUACAAUGUGUGCGGUUGUGUAGAAGUAUGUAAAUGAUGUAAAGAAAGUAGCCUUUUCAAUUCCUGUAUUAAAAUUUAAAGGUGGUUGCACAAAUAAAUGAUAUUGUUUAUCA